ACCCACAAGUUUGACUGACGAACAAAAAAAAAAACGAGAAAUUGGCCUAUCGGCAACCUCAACACACAGAAAUACACCCUUUUGUAGGAAGAUUAAAAAGACUGGGGGAUAAAAAAAAAAAAAAAAAAAAAAAAAGCAUCAGCUAAGGUUAGCCAGUGCGGGGUGCUGUGUGGAUCAGAGAGGUGUUUGUGGUCGGAUCUGUGCGUAGAUUCAGAGGAGAAACCGGGCGAAGAAGAGCAGAAAAAGAAAAAGGACAAUGCUGUUUUGUAUCGUCUUUGAAAACAAUGAGUCUUCAGUCAUAGGGAAUGCCGCAUUGAUUUGAUAAUAAUCACCGGUAGUGUUUCGAUUAUAGCCAUCAUUAUUUCGGAUUCAGCUCUCGUAUACAGGCACAUCCCGCCGACAUCUCAGGGAUACAUUACAGUGUACUGUACAUUGUCUUAUAUUAUUAUACAACUUUUGAUGUAGGCCGCUCUUAAUUCUUAUAAACUAAAUUUUUAUUUUUAUUUUUUUAAAUAGGCUAAUAUCUUAGUUCUGCAGCUGGGUCAUCCUGAUGCCUUCGACUGAAUAUUAAAUGGUUUCCUGGAUGUGACCGUCUUAUGUUUUAUUUGGCCGCCGCAUGAAUUCUCCCACCGGAUCCUCGUCGGUGUACGCUGCUGUCCUCCUCCUCCUCCUCCUCCUGCUCAGACGGCCGAUUCUCGCAGAGGGCACUACCCUCCUCCCUGCCUCUAAAGACAUUUUGAUCGUCCUCCCCGGUUCCCCCCACCCGGACUCCUCGACCAUCACUCCGCCUGCCUCCUUAUCCACCACCACCACCACCUCCUCCUCAGUAACAUGUCGGGACAGUCUUUGACGGACCGGAUCGCCGCCGCGCAGCACAGCAUGACCGGGUCUGCCAUCAGCAAAGCCGUCUGCAAGGCCACGACGCAUGAAGUCAGCGGACCCAAGAAGAAACACCUUGACUACCUGAUCCACUGCACCAAUGAGCUGAACGUCAGCAUCCCGCACCUGGCAGACACACUGCUGGAGCGCACAGCCAGCAACAGCUGGAUAGUGGUUUUCAAAGCGCUCAUCACCACACACCACCUCAUGAUGUACGGCAACGAGAGAUUGAUGCAGUACCUUGCCUCCAGAAACACGCUCUUCAACCUCAACAACUUUCUCGAUAAGGCUGCACUACAAGGUUAUAACAUGUCAACUUUCAUCAGACGCUACAGCCGCUACCUGAAUGAAAAAGCCAUGUCUUACAGACUAGCAGCAGUGGACUUCACCAAGAUGAAGAGAGGGGCUGAGGGUGUGAUGCGCACCAUGAACACAGAGAAGCUGAUUAAGACUCUGCCCAUCAUUCAGAACCAGCUGGAUGCUCUGCUGGAUUUCCAGCCUAACUCCAACGAGCUAACCAAUGGAGUGAUCAACACAGCUUUCAUGUUGCUGUUUAAAGACUCCAUACGGUUGUUUGCUGCUUACAAUGAAGGGGUCAUCAACAUGCUGGAAAAAUACUUUGACAUGAAGAAGAACCAGUGCAAAGAAGCUUUGGAGAUCUACAAGACUUUCCUCAACAGGAUGACCAAACUGUCCGAGUUUCUCAAAGUGGCAGAGGCUCCCAGCUCUCUCCUAGAGGCUCUGGAGCAGCAUCUAGCCUCUCUGGAGGGCAGGAAGCUCAAAGACCUCUCUGCAGCCAGCAGAUCCAGCACCUUGUCCAGUGCAGUGUCCUCUCUCUCCAGCACUGGGAUCUCUCUCAGCCAUAUGGACGACAAGACAGAAGACAACCGACUGCAGCAACACAAGGAGGACGGUCAUAAGGGGAUCGACAUUCAGACACCUAAUGUGUCACCCAGCACCCAGUCAGUGGGCAGUGCCAACAGCAGCGGAGGGGCCACGGAUCUCUUCACCAACUCAGCGAUCAUACCCGUCAGCAACCAUGUGCCAAACCUGCCCAGUGAGCUGUUCACCCUGCAGCCUAACUUCACCCCCAUCCAGACCACACACACUGUGCCCAACAAUAACAAUGCCUGGGGAGGUGACCUGCUAAAGCCAGCUCCACACGCUCAUAUUCACAGCCCUGGAAUCCAUUUGCACUCUGGGAAAAUGCUGCCCAAUGAUUUGGACUCUUCAUUAGCCAACCUCGUUGGUAACCUGCAGUUUGGGGGGACGCCAGCUAAAAAGCCUGAGCUCCAGUGGAGUCAGCUGGUAGAGAAGAAGCCAACAGGAGGCGGCUGGCAGUCGAAGACUAUGUGCACCAGCACCAACUGGACUCACACCACCCACCCCAUGGCACCUGCACCCAUGCCCGUCCCUCAGAUGAAUGGGAUGAUUUAUACUGGCUAUGCUCCCGCACCAGUGGCUUUUCCUAUGACGUCACCCCAAGUGCCUGUGUAUGGAAUGCUCCCUCCUCAGAUGAGUCAUCAGAUGGGGGGCGUUCCCAUGAUGCCCCCGCAGCCUGUCAUGUACAACCAGCCAGUCCUGAGACCUACCAAUCCCUUUGGACACAUCCCGGGGACACAGAUGCACUUCAUGUAAAGGAUGAUGUUGUAACCAUGGCAGCAAAGCCGAGAGAGAGAAGACUAGAGAAAAAGAGAUGGAGAGAGAAAGAGUCGAAGAAAACAAAUCCAGUGCCGGAGGAAGAAAGAGGAAGACAGAGAGGAAAAGGGAGGGGAGAGGAAGAAGGAGAGAGGACCAAAGGACGGAUAAAAGAUGAAAUGCUGAUGUCUGUUUCCAUGUCGCCUCACCCUCUUAUCUCCUCUCCUCUCUCCGUGUGGCUACUGAUCUCUCUGUCUUUGAAUGGGGCACCAGAGGCUCCGCAUCAAUCCCACUCAUCCUGUUUGACUUGCCAAUUCAAACGGCGAUUAUGACCUGUGAUGACAGCUCUAUGGAAGUGCAGAAGCUCUACUGCCACUUCCUGACCUCCUCAUCCUGAUAAUUUCCUGUAUUAAAACGUUCCCACUUCAAACUCGGAGGACACACAUCUCUUUCUCUGAUUGGAUUGUUUGCUGGCACUUUACUCAAUGUGAACUUUGCCAAGGGUGUAUGUCUGUGUAGGUGAUUUAAGCGUCUUGUUCAGAUUGGUUCCCGGUUGUGUGUCAUCCAUCACCUGAUGUCAGAAGUAAUUGAUUUGAAUGCGUGUGUGUAUGCGUGUCCCUUUUUCUACAUUUCAAUGUGCUGCAUCAACAUUACCAUUUCAGUCUUUUUAUGAGCUCCAUUUGUUCUUAAUUGCCAACUUCACAUCAAAAAUCCGGCGUGGAACGAUAACUUGCGGAUGCGCUUGUGUAUGUGUGUGUGUGUGUGUGUGUGUGUGUGUGUGUGUGUAGGGUGUGUACUGUACGUGUUUCUCAUUUGGUACCGGAUGUCAUAAUUGUGUUGCCAGGUACCAAUGUGUUACUGCACUGAUGAAAGCACUGAGCCAGACCCAUGCAUCGCAUUUGGAUGUAAACAAAACUCUUACAGUAACUUUGCUACUUGGGGUCGUGCUGUACACACUGUGUAUUUUGUUCUUUUUUUGUUUCUCUCCUCCUCUACAGCUGUGCAAUAUCAUGCAAUCUUGUUACUGUCUUUUCCACCCAUCUGUAGGCUGUUUAGAAAGCUGUUUCCUGAUGUAGUGUUGUUGUGUGUCCACAUCAGGUUUCUGUACAGAACACUGUUAUAGUUUGUUUUCCAACCUGUUCUGUUAUACCUGUACUGCUCUAAAAGUAGUGAAAAAUGCACUGAGAGCCAGAUAGAGAGGCGACUGGAUAUUAGUAAGGAGGUGAUUCUCAGUCUUGCCAAUCAGAAAUGGUCUAACUCCCAACUGUGUGAUUCCCUCCCUGUCCUGAGCAUUUGUCCUGUUCAAAAUGAGUCUCCUGUGAAGUCCUUUACACUCCAGAAAAAAACUGGAUGAGGGUAAUUAGCGCAGCAGAUGUCUCACCUUCACUUGGAGGAAUUGAAAACACUGCUACCAGAGAGAGGGGUUUGUUAAUGUAGUGUUAACAUUUAUGGACUGAACAGCUAAAGGUCAGUCAGAGGAGUCAAAUGAGGACCAGACUGCGGUAAAGCGACUGAGGGUAAUGUCUGCCGAUCAUGACCCUAGUAAUGCCUGCAGUGACGACAUACUGAUCAAUUCAGACAGCCAGAGACGGGAGGCUUUAAUGAGACGUUAAAUGUUAAUGUGGCUAUUCUGGCAGAUCCAAGGUCAAGUUAGACCCACAGACAGACGAUAUAUAUAUAUAUAUAUAUAUAUAUAUAUAUAGCACAAACCUUCGAAGAGGGGACAACGCUCUGCUGCACAAAAACCUAAAACCAUUGCUGGGAUGUACAGUUGAAAGGGGCAAUAAUCGAUUGGGGAUGACGGCGUUUUCUAUUGAUUGUGUCUGUUCUAUGUACAUGUACUGUAUGUGUGUUUGUGUGCACAUGCCUUCCCAUAGAGAUAAACAGGGUCAUGUUCCUCGGUUGGAGAUGAAAGGUCUCUAGUGAGCUGGUAGCGUGUACUAACUUAGCAAUGGGUGUUAUUGUAACUGUGUCUCAGUCUGUACAACCCAACAUCAAAUUAAGGAGGCUCCAAGGAUGACUCAUCUGCUGCAAAAAUGCAACAAAAAAAAAAAAGCCCCCAAGGUCAUCAGACCU